GACCUGAUUCAGUAUACUCGACCUAAGGGCGCCUUAACGAUAGCUUACAACAGCUCUCUUGGCAAUGGACAGAGACGGACGGUUCCGCGAGGGCGACAGAGCGAGACUCUUGCAAGAGAGGGCAGAGGAUAGCCCAAGCACAAGCAGCAGUGAUGAUUUGUUUGGAUUGGAGCUGCGGAGGGCUUGGGAGCGCAUCAAAGCCUCGACUUUGAGAGCGGCCGCUGCGGGCGUUCUCAUCAAGGGCGGCCUGCACGCGCUCACCUUCCUCGUGUACCUCAUCUCGCGCCUGCGCGGCCUGGCGGGCGGGCGGCGCGGGCGGGCGCGCGCCUCCACGCUGGGGGACGCGGCGGGUGACACGGUGCUGCACACGGUUUUCCUGGCGGCGCUGGGUGGCAGCUACACGGCCGUGGACGAGGGCAUUGCGCUGGUGCUGGGCAAGGAGAGCACGCAGCGGUGGCGCGCGCUUGUUGCUGGGCUGGUGGCGGGGCAGACGUUGCGGCUGACCGGGCCGCACCGGCGGCACUACAGCCUGGCGACCUACGUACUGCUGCGCGGCCUCACGCUGCUGGUGCGCGCUGGCAACAAACCCAGCGCGCCUCCGGCCCUGCGCGCGCUGCUGCGCCCCACGCGGGCCGCGCACGGCGAUACGCUGCUCAUGUGCGCGGCAGCCAGCCAGAUCCUGUACAGCUUCAUCAUGGAGCCCAGCACGCUUCCGCCCUCGUACGUGCGCUUCAUCACGCGCAUGGGCGGCAAGGAGCCCUACGUGUGGGCGGCUGUGCGGGAGCAUGCGCUGCGCAACAGCGCCGGUCGCUCCCCGGGUCCGCUGCAGUCGCUGGCGGGCACCCCCCUGGCGCACCUCAAUGCCCGGCCGGGGCGGCUGCGGCCCACCCCCUGCGAGUUCUUCCACCCGGGGCACUCCUGCGCCUCGCACGCGCUGUCGGUAGUGCCGCCGGCCUACGCCGCCAGCCUGGGCGUGUACGUGCCCUUCUACCUGGUGUCCUCGCUGCUGGUACACCGCGCCGGCCUGCUGCAGCGCCCCGCCGAGCUGCUGCCCAAGAUCGGGCUGGGCGUGGCGCGCAGCAGCGCCUUCCUGGCGGGGUACAUAGCGCUGGCCUUUGGAGGCGCCUGCUGCGGCUUCCACACCGCGGGCGUGAACACGGGCGCCGUCAUCGCGGGCAGCGUGUGGGCGGGCGGUCUGGCGGUGCUGGCGGAGAAGAAGAGCCGCCGCAUGGAGCUGGCCAUGUACUGCGCGGCGCGGGCGCUGGAGGCGUUCAUAAGGUGCUGCUGGCUGUGGGGCUGGGCGGGCGCCAGCGGCCACACGGGCGCACACAGCCACCGCGCCCCCCACCCCGCCGGGCCAGGACUGGGCGCCGCGCGCCGCGGCCCCUCCCCCCACCUACCGCCGCCGCUGCCGGCCGGCCUACGCAGCCGCGCGCCCGGCUCCCUCCGGCCUGGCGCGGGUGGUGGGGGCGGGGGAGGGGUUGGGCCGUCGUGGCUGCCGCUGCCGGAGCGGCUGGACGUGUUGCUGUUUGCGGCGGGGUGCGGCGCCAUCAUGCACUGCUACAGCGACUGCCGCGGGCAGCACCGGGACGUGUUCCGCUCCAAAUACCUCAACGUGCUGGACUUCGUGUUCGGCAACGAGGGCGUGCAGCGCGGCGCCAUCAGCCACGUGCCCACCAACCGCGAGCUGGUGGGCCACGUGCGCCGCCGCAUCCGCUCCAUGUCCAUGAGCGUCCUGUCAACCGCCGCCUCAACCGCUUUCAUGGCCGGCGGCGGCCCCAGCGGCAGCGUCGCCGGCGGCGGCGGCGGCGGCGGCGGCACCUACUCGCCGCUGCUGCAGUCGGCGGCGCAGUCGCACGCGGACGGGCUGUACGGCCUGCGCAACGGUAACGCCAACGGUGCGUACGGCGGCGGCGGUUAUGGCGCCGGCGGUGGCGGUGGCGGCGCCGGCGGCAGCGCCUGGCGGGGGCGGUACGCUGGCAGCACCGCGGACGCCAGCGCGACAGACGCGGGCCACGUGUCUAGCUCUGCGGGCUUUGGUCCGGGGCAGCACGGCGGCGGCGGCUACGCGGCGUACCUACGUAUGCAGGCCACUGGCGCCGCCAACGCCGCCGCCACUGGCGGCGCAGCCGGCGGCGGCGGGCGGCUGCCGCCGCCCGCCAUCCGCCGCGACAGCGACCACUCCUUCCCGUCAAUGUACGACGAUGCCAGCCGUAGCGCUUCGAUGACCGGCGCGCCGUACGGUAGCAUGGCGGCGGCGGCGGCGGUGGGCGGGAUGGCGGCGGCGCUGGCGGCGGCGGGCGGCAGCACCGCGGGCAGUGCCACCGGUAGCCAGCCCGUGUCGCCGGUGCAAGGCCUGACCGGGCCGCCAGGGAGUGAGGCGGCGGCGGCGGCGGCAGCGGCGGCAGCCGGCGCGGCCACUGGCGGCGCCGCCAGCAAUGCGUCACGCAGCGCUGGCGGCGCCAGCAGCAGCGGCGACGACUCGGGCUGGGAGGAUGUCUGGGCCACCACCACCACCACCACAUCAGCCUCCGGGCCGCCGCCGCCGUUAGCGGCGGCGGCGGCGGUGCACAAGGGCCACAUCGCCGCUGCCGCAGCGGCGCCGGCGCUAGCAGCAGCGGGCCACGGUAUCGGCGCCGCCGCUGCUGAGGCAGGGCCGGGGCUGGCGGCGGCGGCGGCGGCAGCAGCUGGGAGCAGCUCCGGGGCGCUUGGCUGGGCGGCGCGGCUGGUGGCGGGCGCAUUGGGCCGCACAACUAGCGGCGGCGGCGCAGCCGCCACCGCCGCCGCCACCGUUGGCAGCACCGGCAGCAGCUCUGCGCUCACAGCCGCCGUGGCGGCUGACGCCGCCGCUGCCCGCCAGGGCUCAGGACGCCGCUUCCUUGGCGGCUUCGGCCCCUUCUCUUCUGGCAGCGGCGGCGGCGGCGGCGGCGGCGGCUCCAUGCGCCGUGUGGCGACGGCGCCGCUGUCGCUGUCGUCACCGGAGGCGCUCGUGCUGCUCUCCGAUCCGGCGUCGGAGCGGCGGGGCCGGGGGCGAGACAGCUACGCGCAGCUGCAGCUGCUGAGUGGCAGCUGCGACGAGGGCGGCGGCGGUGGGCCGCUGGCGGGCGCCGGCGGCAGCUGGGGCGGGCCGCUGGCGGGCGCCGGCGGCAGCGGCGCCUUCGCCAUCCCGGGGCUGGCGGAGGCGGAGGCAGCGGCAGCGGGGGUGGGGACGGGGGCGGCGUGGGCUGAGCAGCAGUGUGCCGGCCGCGUCACCACUGUCGUACGCGGCAGCGGCGGCGGCGGCGGCGGCGGUUGGUACGGCAGCAGCGCCGGCUCAGGCGGCGCAGUGCUGUCCUCGUCCAUGCGUUCGCCGGACAGCCACCACGCCUCCGGCUCCUACCUGAGCACCUCCCACCACCACCACCACCACCAAUACCACCCGCCCUCCUCCUCCCAGAACGCCAGGGACGCGCUACGUGCGCCGCGGCCGCCGCACCCGUACCCGCCGCCCCAGCAGCAGCAGGCGCAGCAGACGCAGCGGCGGGCCUUCGGAGCCAUCUUCUCGGCGUCGCGCGUCGGCGGCGGUGGCGGCGGUGGCGGCGGUGGCGGUGGUGGCGGCGCCGCAGCUCCUGUCGGCGGCAGCGUUGCCUCUGGGCUGGACCUGCUGGCCGCGAGGGCCGCCGCCGAGGGGCCCUUGUCGUUGCCGUCGUUCAGCAGCGGCGGCAGCACAGCGGUGCUGGCGGCGGCCGCCGCCGCCGCGGCGGCGCGGGGCUCUUCAGGAUCCGGAUCCGGAUUCGUGUCGAGCCCGGGCGGCGUGAACCUGGAUCUGCAGCGCAGUGCUUGGAGCCACCCCAGCCCGGUGCGGAGCACGGCGGUGUGGCCCCGCGUGUCGCUGGACGCGGCUUCGGCGGCGGCGGCGGUGGGGGCCGCGUCGUCGCCGCGGGCUGGGGUGGGGCCGGGCUCUGGGCCGAUCGCGAUGGGGCUGGCGCUGGAGGUUGAGACGGUGGUGGAGGAGGGGGAGGAGGGAGAGGAGGGGGAGGAGGGGGCGCAAGAGGGGGAGCUCCGCGGCGCCAGCUCGAUUGAGGAGGAACGGGAGGAGGAAGAGGAGGAGCAGGAGGAGGAGGAGGAGAAGGAGGAGGAGGAGGAGAAGGAGGAGGAGGGGGCGGCAGCGAGCGAGGCGAAGGAGGUGAGCCUGACGAACGACAAGGUAGAGGAGGCGGCGGCGCAGGUGGAGGCGCAGGUGCAGGCGGGGCAGGCGGGCCUGGGUGUGGGCUCGGCGCCCAAGGUGCUGUUGUCGCGCGCGGCAGCGGUUGAGGAGGCGGAGGGUGAGGUGAAGGCUCGGUCCGCGGCCGCAACACGCGGGCUGAGCAUGUGAGCGGUCCCGUGACGGCGGUGGUGGCGGCAGGUAGCUUUGCCUCGCCACGGCAUGGCAUGGUGCCUUACCAUACGCGUUCUCUUGGAGCCUCUAAGUUUAAUGCAUCCUAGACGCCGAUGGCUUCUUUACGUUUGAACAGACAUAGCAAUGACUGUGAUUAGGAGCUGCCUCUGGCCUCCUGGAGGGCCCGGCCGGUGUGAUAUGGCGCCUGCACUUGCAUUGUGCUUUGGGGAUGAUGCAACUGGAAAAGCACUUGGGAAGCUGCGUGUGUGUGUGUGUGCUGUGAAAUGUGUGCCCUUUUGAGGGGGAGGGGCCCCUGAGGUUUUACGACGUUUGGCGAUACUGCGAAGGCGUACUUGGUGUCUGAAGCAGCUGCAUACCGUACCGUACGGCUGUGCGUCACUAGGCUUGGCGCUGAUCUGCAAAACGUUGGUGAAGGCUGCACUCAGGAGGAAGAGGCUGCUGCGGGAGUUGUGAAUUGCGCCGCGUGCGCGGUAAAUGCGCGGUAGUGCAUUCCAGUAUGUUAAGCCUUCGAAAACAGCGCCUCUCGGGGCGGUUGCAAAGACGGCGGUGGGUGGCGCCGGGACUGAGUGGCCCCGGUGUGUAAGCCGCCACCCGUCAACGCGUGUUUGCGAUGUACUAGAGAGGCAACCUAAACAUAUGAAGAGAGGUUUUGUCAUUAGGCAGGACAAUGCGGGGUUGUGUGCGUGAGUAAGCAAAUGAUGAUCCGUGCGUACACCUCCACAACCUAUCUGUGACUGGUUUACUUAAACAUCCGUAGGCUGUUUUUACGCUAGCAGUCUAGCUGGGAAGAGGUCAGCGUGGAUGUGUUUGCGCGUGGGUGGGUGACUGACUGACUGGACUCCAAGCACCCGUCUGAUGCCAGGCACAAAGCAGUUGUUGGCGCGCACGCGCUCCAACCCACGGUGCACACACAGGCGUUUUGUUUCUCAGCGGUGCGUGCGAAGCCGAGCCAUCCCGAGUGUAAUCUAGUGCUUGAGCGACGGCACAGACAUGUGUAUUAUCAAGCUGUGUGGAACAAGAGGCGAUGAGCGCGAGGACUAGCGAGUAGCGACUAGCGAGCGGUGGCGGCACCAAGCGCAGCGGCGAUAGGCAGGGGGUAAUAAGGCGGUGCGUGGCAAGCACCGUGUUGCGGGGGGCGGGCACGCGCGGCGGUGACAACCCGCCAGAAGCGAACAGCAUUGCAUGUGUGUUCUGUAUAACGCAAGCCGGGGACGUGCGUGUUUGCGGUAUGCAUUUGUGUGUAUGUGUGUGUGUGUUUUAUAUAUCAAGCCCAGGACAUGUGUGUGUGUAUGACAGCUACUCAGCCAGCACAGGAGUGCUGUGAUGUUACUGGAUGGGUUGGGGCCACAGGGCAGCCUGCAGAGGCGCGUGGCUGGGCGGGUUGUUACAGCGCACUAAACGUUGUGGCGUGUGGUGGGCGUGUGGGUGUGAACUGUGAAGGCAUAGCAGCUGUGAAGGCGGAGCAGUGCACUCAUACGCUGGGCACCCAACGUGUCCGAUAUGGCACGAAGCAACGCAUUGUCACGCAAUCGCAGAUACGCAUUGUAACGCAAUGGCAGA